UAAACGAGCGGUGCCAACAAAAGCAGGGCUGGACUAACUUCAGACCCACUCUGCUCCCAAACCCAGAGGACAGACGUCUUGGACAAGAUAUUGACCUGAUUUAAGACUGACGGACUCAGGGCCUGAGGUGCCUACUCACAGAUCAACUGCUGCCUAUCAGUUCCAUGCCUGAUUAUUUUGCCUUCUGACCGGCUGCUACUGCCACUGAUUGACUCCUUACUACCUGAUUCAACAGUCAUCAACAGCCAUCUAUCAACCACCAUGCUUGUCCACCUGCUCUUUACCACUCUAUUCUCAGCAGGUAUUCGCUCAGGCAACGUGACGAACAGCUCAGGGAGAGAGGAGCUGAGGUUGGGAGGGUCCUUAGAGGAGAGCAACCUCACCUUGGUUACAAAGCAUAAUGGUACGGUGCAGCCGGAGCGGGCUCCGUCCUCCCGGGCCUCAGAGGAGCUGGCCCAACUGGAGGCUGCGUUGGGUCUGCCUCCUGACGCCAAACUGAACCUGACCACAGAGGAGGACGGUAUUCGCUCAGGCAACGUGACGAACAGCUCAGGGAGAGAGGAGCUUAGGUGGGGAGGGUCCUUAGAGGAGAGCAACCUCACCUCGGUUACAAAACAUAAUGGUACGGUGGAGCCGGAGCGGGCUCCGUCCUCCCGGGCCUCAGAGGAGCUGGCCCAACUGGAGGCUGCGUUGGGUCUGCCUCCUGACGCCAAACUGAACCUGACCACAGAGGAGGACGAAAAUUUCCAGGAUCAGGAGGAGAUGUAUCCUCACAGACAUUGCCACCAGCAGUUGCUGGAGCAGUACAUCGACAGACAAUGUGGCUGGGAGUUUGAGGACAAAAUGGAGGCCAUCGGGGCCCAGCAAUGGUGCUCCUUCGACCAUGUCAUCAGGCCCUACGAGGAGCUCUCCUUCUGCCUGGAGGCGCUGUGUGCCGCGCUGGACUGCUACUACCCCAACCCCACCGUGCAGGAAUUCUUCCUCCUCCGGCACGCCACCUACUUCCUCCACUGCCCCGAGGAGGGCGCGGCGCUUCCCGACGCCCCCCACGCCCUGGUGGUGGUUCUGACGCUGGGCCCAGUCAGCCUCAUCCCCCUCCUCGUCUACCUGGUCAUCCGGAAGAGCAACGGGCGGGACUGAGUCCCCGCCCCAGCACAAAACUAGAGGAAUAACUACAAGUAGCACUGGAGUUAACAUGCUAGAUGGAAUUAUUUUUAAAUGAGCAUUCAAGCAAUCCUAAUGCUGUAGCAAUAAGUGGCAUCAAAGCCAACACAUUGGCUUGGAGGGAAAUAACCUGAGAGCUAGAACAUAACACUGGUAACUCUAUGAAUGCAUACAUUAUGAUUCACUUUUAUAGGCAAAUGGUGCACGGGUUGAUAUCCAUUCAUGUAUUGUUUCAUCUGAUCUGAAUUAGAUGAAUUAAGGUUUAAUUCUGGCGACAAUUUUACCCACAGCAAACUCUUCCAAAUCAGCUUUUUUUAACCACUAAUAUUGCUCAAAAUUGCACCAAACCUCUGCAGUAGCAUGAUUAGGGUCCCUACACAUCAUACAAAGCAUCAACAACUUAGUUAGCAUACCGGGAGUUUAUUAACCCUUAGAUGCACGAGUGACUGGACCAGUGGCGUAACAAGGCAACGACGGGCCCGUAUGCAGGAUGUCCCCCCCCCCCCCCUCACUUGUAUAAUAUUUAGUAUUAUAUUUAGGACCACGCAAGAAUUAUUUCAUGUUUGAAAUAUCUCUAUUUUUCACUUUUUAACAUUUUUGAAAAAUAAAAUUAACCAGAACAGCAAUAGAAAAAUGUGAACAUCCACUGUCUGUCCAUCCGUCCGUCCGUCCGUCCGUAUGUCUGUCUGUAACUGUCCAGUCAUUGACAGUUCCUCUCUCUUUUCCCUGUUUUGCCUUCUUGUCUCAUCACUGUAUGCAGUUCAGACAAACUACCUGUUUCUGGCUGUGAUCAUUGCACACACGUACAUUGCAUUUCCCACACCUAUUGUUUACUUUGCGAUCUUUGUUACUUGGGCAGAUCUGACACCUCUUUCUCUUUGGUUGGCCCUGUCUGCUUCUUUCCUGUGGCUGGGUUGUGGCAUUUGUCACCCCACUCCUUUCCAUUGCUUCAAUAAUCGGGGUUUGCAGUUGGGGGCAUCCUUCCAGUCGACUUCUCAUGUGUGGUGUGACAAGCUCCUUUGACAGCUCUUUGAGGAAGAGCCGUCGUGCAUUGGUGAUGCCGCUCUUGAAUUCUGGGUGCUGAGCCGAGAAAAAGGUGUAGGCAUUCAGGGUGGCAAUGUCAAUUAUGUUGUACCACAGCACCAUGGGCCACCUCUGUGUUUGGCGCUUGCAGGUGUAGGUGCCAACCAUCUGGUCAGUGGUGUCUACACCUCCUUUCGUCUUGUUGUAAAAUGUGAUUAUUUCUGUUUUUUUCUAUCUGCUAUAUAGAUUGCUAUAUAGAUUAUUGUAAAAUAAUCUUCCUGAGGGGUGACACUUCUGAUAUAGUCUGUGUGGUCCACAGUUAAUUUAUUCCCGACAGCCACAGUUGAUAAGAAUCAAAGGUUCCCAUUGGAUUCCAUAGAAAAUGCAUGGGGGUCAUUUUUGACCCACUUAUGGAAGCUUGGGGUAGUAAACAAAAAACUACAAUUUCUUACAAUGUAUAGAGGGUAAGUUAAAAAUGUUAAUGGCAUUAUAUCAAAAACAUGUUUUUUGAGGAAUACCUGGAACAUGAAAUGAUAAGAAUUUUUCAUUUCGAAGAUAUUUCAAGAAAACAACCUCACCGGGUCAUUUUUGACCCACUUAUGCAUCUAAGGAAGACAGUUUUCCAAGUUUGUGCACACAAGUCCACACACGUCGAUAACCGGCUACGGUAAAUAAUUUAAUAGAGGCGCCCACAAAUUUAACUUAACAAUUUAAUUUAACUUAAUUUAACUUCCUGAUACUUAAAAGAAUUGCCGCCUCUAUUAUAUUAUGAUUUACGUCAAAUUCCUAUUUCCAUCCCACUGGAAAUGGGGACUUUGAAAUAUCAUCAGUUUUAUGCCUAUUUACUCUAAUGUUAUGAAUGUUUUUAUGAAAGUUGAUUGCUUCACUUCCUGUAUGUCUAAGACCCCCAUGUUGGUAUUCUUUGUAACCUUUUGAAUAUCAUUUACAUCUAUCAAUCUUAAUUUAAUGAAUUCACGCAAUUAUCUAGGAUUAUCUCAUACAAUUAAAUGAAUGUAUAAAAUUAAGCACUGGAAUGGCGGAGGUAAAGUUAACAUAAACUUCCGUUGUGCCCCAUAAAAGCGUGUCGGACUAGUCUGUCCCAUAUAAGAAGAAUAAAUGUCCUCCUUUGGUCACUCCAAUUCUUUAUUGAAAGAAAAGCUUCCUUCACAGUAAAACAAACACACUGCGUUGCACACAA